GACUCCGGGCAGCGGCACACCGGGCUGGACUCCGGGCAGAGGCACAUCGGGCUGGACACCGGGCAGAGGCACAUCGGGCAGGACUCCGGGCAGAGGCACAUCGGGCAGAGGCACAUCGGGCAGGACUCCGGGCAGAGGCACAUCGGGCAGGACUCCGGGCAGAGGCACACCGGGCAGAGGCACAUCGGGCAGGACUCCGGGCAGAGGCACAUCGGGCAGGACUCCGGGCAGAGGCACAUCGGAUUACCAGGUGAAGCAGCAGGCAGCGGGCCACCAGGCGGAGCAGCAGGCACCGGGCCCCCGGGCGGAGCGGCAGGCACCGGGCCCCCGGGCGGAGCGGCAGGCACCGGGCCCCCGGGCGGGGCGACAGGCACCGGGCCCCCGGGCGGGGCGACAGGCACCGGGCCCCCGGGCGGGGCGACCGGCAUCGGGCCCCCAGGC